CGAUCGAUAGUUACACAGGGACAAGCAGGCCAAGUUUCUCUCAGACUGCUCCCUCCGACGAUUGAAAGACCUCUUUUCCUUCGAAAGGGGAACGUAGAAUCGUCGACUCAACGCAAACUCUGCUGCUUUAUCGAUCAACUUGCCCGCUUUCAUCAUAUUUCACGGUACCACUGCAUUCUACGUACCAGUUUGGAUCAGAAUCAUCUUACCUGUGGAAAGCAGCUGCACACAGGCUGCAUAUCUUCAUUGUGUGACGGUUUUAAUUUGUCGUGCGUUGAUUUUGUGGUGCGAUUUUGUUGUUUUCGAACUAAAUUUGGAUUGCAGAUUGUAAUUAAAUCCUCUAGGGCAAAUAAAAUUCUGGGUAGGAGGUUCUAUAGAGCGGAUACUCCAGCGUGAAGCAUACACAGGAGAACAAACAUGGCGGAUGUAUUCUGUCGGCUGUAACUUGGGUGUAUUUAUGUCGGGAAAUUUGUUUAUAGUUUGUCGUUUUUCGUGAUUUAAACUGUUAAAUAUUUUAAAAUGAGUGUCGAUAAAGACGAUAGCGCAACGGAAAUGGACGAACCGGUCGAAAAUGUUGACCCAAUGUUGGAUAUGUGCAGGUUGUGUGAUCAAUCGGGUGAGAAAAUGUUUGGUAUAUUUGAAGACAACGAGGAUGGCUAUGAAAUAAUCAGAUUAAUUAAAGAAAAUCUACCGAUUGUUAUAUAUAAAUCCGAUCCUUUAUCGAAGCAAGUUUGCGAGACUUGCGUUGAGACGCUUCAAACAUUAAGUGUUUUCAAGAAAACGUGUAGGAAAACCCAAGAAAAAUACGUGGACGAACUUAAAAGUAAUGGUGAUGUGACAAACAAGGAUAUUCAACUUUAUUUAGGCUGUACUGGAAAUAAAAUCGGGGAUGGUGAUGAUGAUGAAGAGGAAGAUGAUGAGCUUAAAGACAAAGGCACUUCUACUGAUGAUAUAUCAAUUUUAUGUGUGAACUGCAAACAGUCGAUUCUGGAUGCUAGUACAGUGAAUGGUGAAGUCGAAUUGUGCACAGAUUUGCACAAAAUUAUUGCAGACUCUUUAAGGAAAAACAGAGUCAUUACAGCCGACAGUGAAUCUGAAAAAGUUCUCCGUAAAAGGAAAAUACAACCGAUUUAUCAGGAAUUGGAGGAUUCCUUGUGCAGUAGUCUUACGGAAUUCACGAGGAAUACGGAAGACGACAACACUUCCCAGUACGGUUUCGAUAUGAACAGUGAUAUCGAGACCGACGAGUCUGGUGAAGAGAGACACGCAAAACGCAGGAAAAUUGACAGCGAUGGAGUCUUGGGAGAACAAAAAACACAUACCGAAGGAUCGUCACCGAUAGGUGAUAUCCCUGGGGUUAAAGAAACCGCAGGGAAUGGUGAAUCCGUCGAAAAUGAGGAGGAGAACGCAAAAGGUGCACCAGAAGUGAAGGUUCCUGAAGUCAACUUUGAGGAAUUAUUCAAGGAUGAGCCCGAUGUUAUAUAUGAGCCUUUAAGUCUUUUACAAAUCGCCUUAAAUUGUAUCAACGUCCAAAACGUCCCUGACUAUGUUCCGGAACACUAUACAGAAAGGUCUAGCGCGACCAAAUGCAACGUUUGCGGCAGAACUUUCCAGAACGUGAAGUUGUUGUCGUUGCAUGAGCCUUGCCAUAUCGACGUCGAAAUCGAAGAAAAAAUAGAUAACCCGACCCCCUGGCCAGACACCCAUCCGGACGCGCCUAUUCGAAACAAGUGGCUCACUUAUUUCGACGAAAACGGUUACGAAGAAGAUGACAUGGUCGUGGAGGAAACGGAGGAGGCCCCGAUAGUCGAGGAUGCUAAUUUGCUAGCACCGAAAUCUAAUCCCACGUGGGACGGCACCAAGCCCGACCAAAUCGUUUUGGUCGACAUGAAACCCAUGGUAAACGGAGUCUACCUCGGGGACUACACGAAAGAAGAGAGGAAGGCUUUCUAUCAGUGCAUGAGGGUCGGCGGGCAGACCAAACGGUUCUGCACCCUGUGCCGGUACUGUUUCAAGGACAAUUGGGCCAUCGAGAGCCAUUACUUUUCCUUGGCUUGCCAUUACACGUGCCGGCAUUGCGGGAUGCGGUUUAACAAGCAACGACAUCGAUUUGAGGAGCACGUCAAGGAGCACGCGGACAAACGCGAUCCGAUCUCGGAAAAAAUUUACACUGCCAGCAAAGUGAACAACAUAGUACCGAAGGUGAUACAUCCGGAGAAGGUGAAGGUGCAGCGGAUCGUACCGGGAAUGCCGGAAACGCCGCGAGAGAUAAGAUUGGAGGAUUACGAAACCGCGUCACCGACGAGUCAAUCGUCCAACCCGAUGCUGACGAGGAGACUCGAGAGACGCAGUUUGCCGCCCAACCCGGCGUAUCCUCAGCAAGGCUUCGUGACGAUCAAGGAGGAGCCGAAAGAUUUUGUCGCGUCGCAGUCGAAAACCGGCAACCAGGCGUUCUUUUGCAGGAAAUGUUACAAGGUAUUUUUCAAAUUGGACGAGUUCAAUAUUCACAACAAGAACUGCGACUACAAUCAGCAGCCGCAGACCUUCCGGACCAUUCAGUUCAACUCGAAUCCGCCUGGUUCGGUCGCGAAAUCGCCUAAUUUAGCGAAAACGACCGUUCCCUCGCAGAACAGCGAGAGGCGCAACGGGGAUUUGAGCAACGCCGGCCGUCCUGUAAGGAAUUGUGUCAAAGAGAUCGGGACCUACAAGGACGAAGUCUACAUACCCAAAGAGAUAUUGAACGAGCGGACCACCUCGAACCAGCCCCAAAGUUUCGUGUGUCACAUAUGCGGCACACCGUUCCCGACGAUAUAUUCGCGAAACAGUCACAUGCGGAUUCACAAGGGCGACAUGGGCGGUUUGCCCGGCAUGCUCAUGCCCUCCCCGCAUUUGCAAAUGAGGCCCCACCCCCAGCAGCAGCAACAUCAUCGGAUUCCGAUGCAGCACCAGCAGAUGAAUUAUCCCCGAUUCGAAGACGUCAAGAUCAAACAAGAGCCAAUGGACAGUUUCGAGCCGAUGGUUGAAAUCCACGAGGGGGAGCAACCAUCGUCGAAUCACAGCGUGAGCCUGCAGCCGCGGGAGCUCAGCGGCGGUGCGGUAUCGAUUACUCCGAUCGCUAAGAACCCCAAUCAAAAACCGACAAUCAGUCCGAACGUCAUGAAACUUGUCCAGAACAACCCGAACAUCACCAUCCACAAAAAGGCGCCGGAACGACACGCGUCGCCCGCGCAAAACAACAACUACGGCGGACCCGCCCCCAAUUACAUCAACAGCUCGCCCAACUACGGCGCCGGUCUGAUCAACUACCCCGGCAAUUCCGCGAACUAUGGUCCGAAUUUCGGCAAUUACCCUGGCAGUUACGGGGCGGGUCCCCAAAUGAUGCAGGGCGAUGCGGACAAGUCGUACAAGUGUUCGAGCUGCUGGGAGGCGUUCUCUAACAAGUCGCACUUGUAUUUCCACAAGAAGAACCAGUGCGAGGGAUCGCGGUUUCCGUGUCCGUUUUGUAAGAAGCGCUUCGGUACCGAAGCCGCUUAUAGCUCGCAUAUAUUCUACAGCCACCCUGAAUGAUCUACGUAAUCUGCGUCCGAACACCUACGCCCUUCGGUUAGGAGGUUGGAGUAAUUUCACAGAGCUAAAACUAAAAUAUAGGCAAGUUAGGGGUAGGGGUACCCAGUUUAACUUCGUAUCAUGGCCGCUAGAAGGCGCGACACAUGGUUGAUAUAACACUAAAGAUUGUUUUUCUGCUUGAAUCUUUAAUAGGAAAGAAGUACAGAUCUGGUUGCAGACUUUUUUUUUUAAUUAGCCAUUGAAACAAGUACAAAUGCUCACCAAUCGCAAAAAAAAAACAAUAAAAAAGUAGCAACAAAUCAAAAUUUACGUACAGUGCGUCUCAUUUUUGAUGAUUUUACGGCGUGUUCCCUUAUUAACGAGGCUGUCGUGUUGUAGCUUUCAUAACCCAACGCUACAUUUUUACUACUUUUAGAUACAGGGUGAUAUUGCAAAUUCUUUGCUUUGAAGUCGGCGAUCCGCGCCCCUUUGCAACUUUUUUUUGUUUUCUGACAUGGGUAUGAUAGCAUGUCAAUAAAAAAUAAAGUUUUUCUGUAUUUAUUUUUAAUAAUCGUAUAUGUUAAACUCACAAAUUUUGAUAUAAAAACUAAACUUGUGUUUUCUUUUUCUAAACCAUUAGUAGAUAAAGUCAUAAAAGUGGAAGUUUCAUUGUUUUCUCAUUAAGGUGUAGUUAGGGAUAAAUAAACAUGUUUUUACUUUUUUUUGCAAAAAAAAUAUUAACAAGAAAACUGCAUGUUCGCUAAAUCGAACGUUACGCAUAUGGGAUAGAUAAAAAAUAAAAUAAUUUUACAAAUAUUGAACAUUAUUAAGCGAUAUAGUAUUGUGGAAAACAGUUUUUAGGAUGUAAUUUCGGUAAACUUUAUAUUUUCUUUAAUUUUCGGAAUACUCCGGUAAAUGAUUUAUUUUAUUAAGUUUUACAUCAUAAAUUGAUGAUGGCGCAGCUUCUCCUUUAUUAGAUUAAGACUUAAAGCAAUGUAUCUUCUAAAUUUCAAUAGAACACUAGACAUUUGGUGGGAAGGAUGUACUUUUUGAAAAAGUAGCCACACACUCAAAACGGGUACAUAGAAGUGAUAGGAGAACCAUUUUUUCUGCCUCAUUCUGGUUCGGUAGACAGCGACUAAACCAUCCAGCUUGUCAACCCGUCCCAUACCUUUCAAAAAUUUUAGAUUGGGAAAUUAAAAUUUUUUAUUUACUCUCUCGGCAGGAGCGAGGAGUAUUUUUCUAUAUCAGUAGAUUCGAAGUUGGAUGCUGCCGUAACAACUUUAUUGCCUUUCCAUUGGAAAAAGUAUUCCUUCCGCGUUUUUCUUUGAUAAACUUUUUUUGGUCAAUCAAAUCUGUUAGCUCUAAUAGUACUUGUGGCACAGUAUCCUAACGCAGAAAGAUGGUCCAGUAAGUUUAUAGAAGUAAAAUAAUUAUCCGUGAAGAUUUUAAAUCCUUAUAUGCUUAUAUCAAGCAUGUCUAAUACGACACUACCAUCUAAACCAAAUGAGGAUGUUUAUUUUUGAGAAUGAUUUUUUCCCAGUGUCAAAACUCCAUAUAUCCAGUUUUUACUGCCGAACCGUGUGGGUUGUCCCUUAUUUUCUUUAAGUUUCUCUAUUAGGGGCUGCAGUUUAUAUCAUUUAUUGUGGUUGCCGUUUUGACUGUUGUUUUUAUAAUGUAAAUUCCUCCGAAUUGUUUCAAAUCUGUUUAGUCUCCUGCUUUUUGAUUUUUUGGCACAUCGUUUUCAUUUGUAUAGUAUGGGUGUUUAUUUGGUUAUUUACCGUAUUCAGAGAGUAGAAGACCUCCAAAAAUGACAAGUAAUUCGCUUCUUGUCAUGGUCAAAAUAUUGUUUUUUUUUUUGCUGAGCAUAUACGUUUUUUUGCUUUUUGAUAUUUCUAUGGGUGUCUUUUUUCCAUUAACUAGAUCACGAUUCUUGACACUUUAGUUCUGCAGAAUAUCAAUCAACUUGCCGCUCUCAACAUUACUUUCUUCCAAUAACAAUGUUCGAUAAAGUGGGUUAAUGGAACUAACUAUAUGUUUUUUAAUAAUUUUAUUAUGCUUAGUAUUAGCAAGAAUAUAAAACACAUAGGAGUUAUUUCAAAUACAAAUCAUAAAUUUAAUUUUUUUAUCAAAAUAAAUUUGUGUGUGUGUGCAUAAAAAACGCGCAUUAUACACUCCCCCUAUAUCCAAUUUCUAAUAAAUGUCAUAUUCUGCGACAGCAUGAGCCACAGCGGAAAUCAAUGCCAUUCUUGUGUGAUAACUGAAGUGUAUUAGCAAAACUCGUAAAAAAAAAUUAAAGAUAUAUGCUUUGUAUUUGAAAGACCUCUUACGUGUUAAGGCAUACAGGGUAUUCUAUAAAAAACAACAACGAGAGACGAGUUUCAAAAGGAAUUUGAUUACACCAUUGGAUCUUACGUAAAGAACCCUGUCCAGACCACCUUUUCGAUAAACGAACUACAAUGAGUGUCUAAAAAUGCAAAAUUUCCACAAUAACCUUGUAUCUAAAAAUCCAAGGUGGCUAUGACAUUUUUGUUUGUGUCACCUUUAAUUAAACUGAUCAAAAAGGGAGAUAGAUACGCCGUCAAAUCUUUAAAAAUGGGACAGCCUGUAUAUGGGUGUGUAAAAUAAGGCGGGCUUAUAAAAUGUUUGCUACCUUUUUAGGUUACGUUACUGGUGGCGCUGCGGUGCCAGUUGACGUCAUCCCUUUAAAUGUCAAUAAACUGAACCUUGAGAAAUCUGGAAUGUCGACAUUGUUAAAUAUUUAUUAAUUAUAUUAAAAAUAAGUUUCCAGAUCACACAUUUUUUGUUUUUCGUGUUGAAGGAUUAUCUUUUUUUUUUCAUUUUGCCUGUUAUCAGUCAUUUCUAUGGUACCAAAAUAUUGACAAAGGAGUGGUAUGGGAACAUAGGCUAGUGUUACGCCAGUUAACGAUCAUGUGACAAACUUGGACUGUUCUAACCAGUUCCUCUUGGCUUUACUCACCGAAUCCGAUGAAACGUCGUCGCCAUAUCCGAAGAUGUUUGUUAACGGUUAACUAGUUGACGUUUCGUCGAAUUUAGUUUAAUUUAUGUGUGUACAAAAUUUGGUUGGAUUAUCGAAGGAAAGAAGACUGAAAUUUACGAAACAAGAUCUGUUAUUAGAAAGAAGGACGGGAGAAUGCACUAAGGUUUUUUUUUCGCGGAUACGUAACGCCUGUAUUUAGUGUAAAUAGCGAACAUUUUUAUCCGUUUUUACCCAAACUAAUUUUUUCGUAGGUUGAAAAAAAUAACUCAGAGAUAAAAUGCCUAUUAUAUGAGCUUUAGGGGUUAAGAUACAUAUUUAUUGUAUAUUUUUAGGGUUCCAUUGUGAGCGUUGCGGAAAUAUUUUGUACAGAUUUUCGUUCAAUAAUAUUUUGUAAGUACCAAGUUCGUUAGUAUUAAUACCACUUAUAUUGGUUUUACUUUAAAUGUGAAGUUUUUUUAUUGUAUAUAAAUAAGGUGUAAUAAUUUUCGUCGAGAUAAGAUAAAUACAAAAAGUUUUAAAAUG